UUUUGAAACCUCCAGUGAAGGAGCUUCCACAACCUCCCUAGACCUCUGUUCCACUGUCCUACUGCUCUUACAGCUCGGCAGUUUUUCCUGAGGUAUAUCUGCUAAAUUGCUUUGCUGUAGUUUGAACCCAUAGCGCCAUGUUCCUGUGUAGAAAAGGAAAAACAGCACAAAGACCCACCAAGUCCCCUUCUCCCCCACCUGCCAGCCACACUGCAUCAAUGCUGGAGGGACGACCUCUAGGUUGGCCAGAGACUGGCGCCUGUUCAGUCCUUGGCUCUGCACAGAGACUGCAGCCCCCGGGCUCAGCUAGUGCCAGCUCAGGGGAUGGGUUCUGUGCUACUGGCACCUGGCAACCGGACUGAGCCCAACCGCUCAUUCCCCCUUUCACUUGACCGGCCGACAGGUGGUAACAAGCAGCGACUCUCGACCUGCCCUUGCCCAUCGGGUUAUUGACAUUGCUUUGCAGAUCCUACAGAGCCCAGGUUCCUCCCAUCCUGUUUGGCUUGAGCUUUCCAUAUGUUUCCUUAUUUGCUCUGGUGCCUGGACAGUUCUUCAGAAAUGCUUUGAAUUGGGACAGUGUCAAUAACAGAAGUCCCUGGCUCACUGCUCUGUUAUCUUGGGAGUAUCUGGCAUUUCUCAGAAAGGAGGGAGGACUGUCUGGCUAUUUUAUAUUAUUGUGGGUAAUAAAACCGCCCAAGACACACAAGCAGUGACUAUUUCCUUCUGCACAUGCAAAUCUUCCUUGCUGGGAGUUGAAGUUCUGAGGUAAACUGGGUGAGGACAGAGGUGCCAGGUCUGCUAUAAAGGGACAAAUUGCAGCUCAGUGUUCAGGAGCAGGCAGACGGACCGUUCGGGUUUCUCGCCCAUCUGCUCAGCAGCACCGUCAGAAUGGCAGACCCACGCCCUUGUCUCCUGCUCCUCACCUGUCUGGUGACCCUGUCAGCCUCCGUUCUCAGAAUGGACACACACAACCUGCACAUCUUCAAGAGAUCCAUCACUAAUAUCACAAAGACAGCUCCAAAGGCAUCUGAAGCUGGUCAAAUCCGGCUGGUGAAUGGCUCCACCCACUGUGCUGGGCGGGUGGAAAUUCUGUACAACAAUGUCUGGGGCACUGUGUGCGAUGACAGCUGGGACUUAAAUGAUGCAUCAGUAGUGUGUCGGCAGCUGGGCUGUGGGGACGCGGUAUCGGCACCAGGCACAGCUCACUUUGGACAAGGAUCUGGCCCCAUCUUACUGGACGAUGUUAAUUGCAGAGGAGGAGAAUCUGCCCUCACAGAGUGCACCUUAAAGCCUUGGGGAGACCACAACUGUAACCAUGGAGAAGAUGCCAGUGUGGUGUGUUCAGCCAAGCCCAAGGACUGCAGUGAGAUCCCCUCAGGCAGCCCCAGCGGCAUCUACCUCAUCCAGCCCACAGGACUGCACCAGCUCGUGGUGUACUGCGACAUGAACGAAACAUCCGGGGGCUGGACGGUCCUCCAGCGGAACCGGCACAACACACAGAUCACCUGGGCUGAGUCCUGGAGCACCUACAAGUACGGCUUUGGCAACGUGCACGAUGACUACUGGCUGGGGACGGAGUACAUCUAUCGGAUCGCCAAGCAGAAGGUCUACCAGGUCAGGUUUGUCAUCCACGAUUCAUCCGGCACCAUGAAAUACGCAGACUACAACCUCUUCGGUCUGGAAGACGAGUCCAAUGGCUACAGGCUGAGGCUGGGCUCUUACACUGGGACUGCAGGGGACGCCAUGACUUCAAACAAUCCUAGCACCGUGCAUGACAACAUGAAGUUCUCCACUAAAGACCUGGAUCAGGACACUAACAGUGGGAACUGUGCGUCUAGCUCUGGUGGGGGCUGGUGGUACUCGGCUUGUUAUUCUGUUCGACUGAACGUCAAAGGGAGCAUCACUUGGGGUAGUUUCUGUAGUGGGAACUGCCAAGCCUCCGCCAUCCUCAUCAAACCAGCGUCCUACUGUUAGUCACCCCUUCCCCACCCUCCUGUCUGCAGUGAGGCCAACCCCUGCUCCACGAAGGGAGGGAAAAGGGUCAAAGUGUGUCAUGGCCAAACCUCCCACCUUGCUGGGGGAAGUAUCAGGGUUACCUAGGAAACGGGGCCACUUUCCUUCUCCUCUCCCUCCCUGCAGAUUUUCUGAGCUUUUCUCCGCUGGGCCUUUCUCCGCUGGGCUUUGGGUUGAUUCAUUUUAAUUAUAUUAAAAAUCAGAACAAUGAUUUAAAAUAACUGUAGCUUCGAGGAGAGAAUGUGCAUGGCCUUGUAGUGACUUUUCCUCGUACGCAGGUGAGAAGGACACAAACCCAGACUGGUUUCCACAAACUUCUUUUUCUCCUUCCUUGU